AUGGACGGUAUGGAAGGUGGCCUCGAUGCAGACAGCUUGGUGCUUGCGGAGUCGGCCGUAGAGCCAUACGUGCUUUCAUGGCCAUUGGGAGAAGAAGAGGAUGGAGAGGCCGAAGCCACAGUUUUGGUAGCUAUGAGGCGAGAGGGCGGCAUCCUUCUCGUCCUACCUCAAACGUUUUUGCCUCGGCAACUGGUGUCAGAGGGCAAUCAAGGGAAUUUGGAGGGGAUUUUUGGACCCUCUCAGGUUUUCACAGUCCCAGCCAUCAUCAUCGAGGACGAGAUUGUUUCUCCCACUGGCACAGACGUCGAUGUCAUGGUGAUAGACUGCUCAAUAGACGUUGUGAAACACAUGCGGGCUUUCACAUAUCAGGAGGAGCUGGUCUACAAUUACGACGAGGAUUCGCCGUACGCCUUGCCCUCAAUGGAUGCUUUGCUGCCAAAAAUCAGAACGUGGGUGAGUCAGGCCGUAGAUAUGAGGGUUGGUUUUUAUACCCCAGAGGAGGCAGAAGGUGCAGAGGAGACCCCUGCCACACCAAGGCGAAGAAAGCCUCCCGCAAAGGCUACUCCUUUAGGAGGUGGUGCAAAGCCCAAGAGGCCUACAACAGCAACCCUUGCGACAGAGAUGCGAGGGAUCCUGGAUGCACUCCCGCAGAUUACAAAGCAGCUGACAGUGAUGUCCGAGCGCCAGACCUUGCUCGAGAGUCGACUUGCAGUGGUCCCCACAGCAAAGGCGUCUGCAGCCGCGUUAGGAUCAACCUUGAGUACCUCCUUGCCUGGCCCACCACCUCCUGUGUCAGACCUGGUCAAGAGUUUGCAGCCGCCUCCCAGGACUCAAGAGAGAGCGAGCCUUGGUUUAUUGGCUUCCCCUGGAAUUGCCAAGCAGUUGGAAGUCGAGGAGCUUGCAGAAGAGAGGCUGGAGGGCUUGAAAGGGUCUUCCCUGAGUUCCGACGGUGCAUUGGCCCAAGCAGUUUUGGCCCAGAGCAAAGCUUUGACAUCGCUUGUGGCUCAAAUCGCAAGCUCGCAGAACGACCCCCUGUCGGAGCUGACCGGCUCCUCAUCGACAGCGGGGACCAGAGGAGCUGCAACGAGAUCCAGGCUUCAAUUGGAGUUGGCCCAGCACAAAGGUUUGUUUUUCCAGAGUGUCCUGCAGAGCAUGAGCCGAAGGAUGGCGCCGACCAGCAAUCCUUCGGCGACAGCUAUGGAGCUUUUGGAGAGAGGUGUUUCAGGGGUGCGCUACCUGGAACGUUUUGGGGGCUAUGGCAGGGUGAAGGAGCUGGGACAGAUUCAGUAUCAGGUCAUGAUGAUCAUGGACUUUCUCAUGGCAGAGAACUUCUUGGCUGCUAUGGACGGAGUGGCACUUUUGGCAGUGACUCUGGAACAGGCUGCACUCGACGGAGGACGAAUGGAAUUGGCGACCCUCCUUUGUUUGCAGGAGGACCCUCCAGCCAGCAUCUUUGUGAAUCGCCAGUUGUCAUCGACCUCGAGGGCGCGCUCUUUCGCACCCUUAGCGGAUCAACGCUGGGUCACAUGUGCCCUAGCUUUUCUCAAAGAAAUGGAGGUCAUUUCCAACAAGCGCAACGAGAUGAACGCAGCUGGAAGGGUGGGUUUCGAAGCUUCGUCCGAAGGUGCAGCGGCCCCAAAGGCAAAAGCGAAACAGCAGCCAAAGAAAAAGGGCCGUGGAAAAGGAGCACUGCCUGCCGCCGAGGAAGUGGAAGGAGGAGCCGGAGCCAAAUCCUCUUUCUACAAUGCUUGGCUUCUCCACAUGGGCCAUUUGUUUGCCACGGUGGAUAUUGAGGUGUCGCACAGCCUUUUCAUGGCACCUCUGGAGAUCUUUCACUGCAACAUGGCGCGACCCUUGAGACCGAAUGCCGAGCAGAUGAAGGUGUUUGAACGCCUGCGGUCUCUCAUAGCUGUGUGUGGGGAGGGUGAGCAGCAGUUCAUUGCCGUCCCUGGCCGAUCCGGGCCUGAAUUAGGUGCAGCGCUUUUGCAGAUGGAGAGGUUUGCAGAUCUCCAUCCAGAGCUGAGCCAAAGCUAUGUUCAGCGAAAACCAGUGAAGUUCAAGGAGGACAAGCACCUCCUCCCCUUUGCAGACCACCCUGAGCUCCUCCCUUACAGGUCACUUGAUGCCUCACGCCUGAAGAUUGUUGGAACUGGAGAAUGGCCUAUGGCAGACUUUUUGUCGGGCCCGCUUUGGUUGCCAUUUCAAGAGCCGCGUUUUCUGUUGCAUGGUGAGCCAGAUGAUGUUUCAGUUUGGCCAGUUUUCAGACGGGAGGAGCGCAGUGAGAAUCUCAAGUUGGCGGUUGAGCCUUUUGUUGAGCAAGUUGUCGGAUCCGUCACUGACCGACGGGAUUUCUACCACCAGGCAAAGAUCAGUGAGGAGCGCGCGCAGUCAAAUAUGCUUGCCUUUGCCUUUUCAGAGGAGGAGCUUGAUGGCACAAGAGCCCUUGAGGAGGCGCGAUCGACGCAGCCCACCAAGAAGCAACGUGAGAGCGUUGGAGAUGGUUUUGGACUUUUGGCUGAAAGCGCGGAUGACCUUGCAGUUGAGGGGAAAUGGUUUCCCUGUUUUGGCUCACUUUUUCAGGGAGAUCAUUUAGGAGUUGAGUUUGCGUUGAAGGCACAUGAAGAGGUUUUGCAGAGAGGAGGUUUGCUUGAGAGCAGUAGGAGGCUUUUUGGUCAUGCCCUGUUUCCUUUGCAGCGCCAGAGUGAGGGCCUGAUCAUUGAUGACUACUUCGCGAUUGGAUGCGAGCCCAUCACCACGAGCCCUCUAAACACGUUUGCCUCAAAGGCUCUGGCGAAAGCUCGUUGUAUCUAUGCGGCUGCAGGCUUGGAGGGUUCAGUUGAGAAGGACAUCGAUGCCCAGAAUGUUUUUAAGGCAGCUGGUGCGGAGAUCAUUUCAUCGGCCUCAGCAGUUCAAAGAGGCUUGACCUUGGUUGGGGCCCCUGUUGAGAAGCGGCUGGCAUUGGCUGCUUUGUCCUUGCGUGCAGCGAGACUGAAGUUUGCAUCCUCAAAACUCCUGGCCAGACUAGCGGGCAGCUGGACAUCAGUUUUGCUUUACCGGAGGUGCCUCACUUCAAGUGUGGACUUUUUCUUCAAGCUUGGAGCUGAGGCUGAAGCCAGCGGACCAAACACGGCAGUGCCCCUCACUAGGAAGGUUGCCCAGGAGCUUGUCUUGUUGUCAGCUUUGUCGCCAGUUGCAGUUUCAAACAUAGCAGUGAAGUACAAUGAGAAGGUCUACGCUUCCGAUGCCUCCUUGGGCCUUGGGGCGGUUGUUUCAGCAAAGGUUGAUCCUGAGACUGUCGAAGUGUUGUGGCUUGGGAGUGACAAGAAAGGAUGCUAUUCAAAGUUGGAUGCGCCAGCUGCGGCGCUUCUUGCUGCUGCGGGUGAAGAAGUUGCGGAGCCCUGUGGGCCUGAUCACCUCAAGGCCCCCAAGAGAGGAAACGUCCUCGCUUUCAGAUCCUUUGUGCUCUUGCGUCAUGGAAGGAAGUUUGGUAGGCCAUGUGGGAAGGAGCAGCCGAGACGGAGCAAGAUGGCGUGGAUGAGAGCCUGGAGAGCCCUGAAGAGACUGGGCUUUUGCGAGGCAGUCAUCGCAUCCUGCCAGUUUGCCUCUCUUCACAAGAAAGAGUUCAUUUUUCUUUUGCAUGGCCUUGACCCUCUCCGCCUUGAAGUCAAAUGUCCUGGGGGCCACUCACAUGUGAAGAUCCAGGGCCAGCUUACCAAGGGAUCAGCAGUCUAUACCUGGCCUCUUGCAGAGCACCUAGCAAAGGAGUUCAGCCGGGUUUUGAGGUUGGGUUGUGCUUUUGAGGAGAGGGGCCCAGAUGUUUUUGGCCUUGAGAGCGUUGUUUCGAAUGAUGUUUUGCUGACGGAGAAAUGGAGAACUCGAAAGUGCUGGCACUGGAAGCGCAAGAGCCAUAUCAAUGUGUUGGAAGCUCAUGGAGGCCUUGGUGUUUUAGCAGCAGCUGCCUCAGAUCAGCCAGAUAGCCGGUUUGUAGCCCUCAUGGACUCCCGAGUGGCGAAAGGGGCUUUGGCGAAGGGCAGGAGCUCUGCCGAUGGACUUCAAAGAACCUGCAAGAGGAGCUCGGCCAUUCAGGUAGCCUUUGGACUUUAUCCUGGAUGGAAUUUUGCUCCAACUCGGCUCAACAUAGCUGAUGACCCGACCCGACGAGUACCAGUGAGGAGUCCUGUUCCUCUCUCUGUCCGGAAGGGUCUUAGCCAGCAGCAGAUCCAGAGUCGUGCAGAAAGACGGAAGGGGAUUGAACUGGUUGCCACGCGUGUGGCCAGACAAGAUACGCUGAACCGGAGAACAAAGCUGCUCUCAGAUUUUCGGUGCUGGCUGUUUGAGGUGCACAAGGUUUCUUUGUCUCAGCUGCUUUCAGCAAAACCGCCUGACCCUGAGGAGAUCUGCAAGUGGCUCACCGCCUAUGGCCAGGAUAUGUUUCUAUCUGGGAAAGCGUAUGGGAAGUUUGCUGAGACAAUUAACGCCGUGGCACAGGCCAGACCGGUCAUCAGGAAGCAGUUGGUUGGAGCUUGGGACCUGGCCUUCGCCUGGCAGUCAGAUGAACCAGGUGAACAUCAUCCUGCUUUGCCUCUAUCAAUCCUCCUAGCAAUUGUGGCCUUGGCUUUGCUUUGGGGGUGGCCACUUGAGGCAUCAGUGAUUAGUUUGACCUGGUGUGGGCUUCUUCGCAUUGGGGAAGUCUUGAUUGCUGAGCGAGGUGACUUGAUACUCCCAGAAGACUCGAUGCCAGGCGUGCUCUUUGGCCUCCUCAGAAUCCGGACACCGAAAACACGUGGGCGUGCAGCACGCCAUCAAGCAGCGCGCAUCGACCCACCGGAUGUGCUGAGCCUACUUUCAGCAGUAUAUGGAAAGUGCCCAUCAUCAACAAGACUCUGGCCCUAUUCAGCAGCUACUCUGAGAAAGCGCUUUUGCUGCCUAUUAGCGGGAGUUGGGCUGGCGACAGAAAAGAUCAAAGGGCGAUAUCCCUUCAGCCUAGGGAGUCUUCGCCCUGGGGGCGCUACACAUAUGCUGCUGGAAUCGGAAGACUCAGAAAAAGUGCGGCGUAGGGGACGUUGGGUUACAAACAAGGUUAUGGAAAUAUACCUUCAGGAAAUCCUCUACACCACCUUUGCAGAAACACUGGAUAGGCAGACCAAGAUUAGGGUGAAUCAGCUGGCUGGGAACUUCACCAAAAUCUUGGGACAGUCCGUGGCCUUCCUAAACUCUGCAAUCCCACCCACUACAUGGUGGAACCUCUUCCAGACCAAAGACGAUGAGGUCAUUGAAGAAGUGGACAAGGAUCAGGGUGGCACAUUGGACUUGGAUGAGUUCAAAGAGUUGCUGGACCUCCUGCACAUGAGAGAAGGAUUCACGCGUUCCGAAUUUGAGGAGUUUGUGAGUAUCUUGCGGCGCUAUGAUAGACGGAAGGGCCAGGUUGAUGGCAAGGAUCUCCCUGCCAUCCUGAACUGGCUGGGCUUCAUGUGGCCCAAGGAGCGCAUCCAGCAGGUUCUGGAUCAGGUGAAUAGCGGAACUCGCCUGGACCCACACAACUUCAUAGUUUGCAUGCGCAAAGUUCGCGAGCACGAGUUGGAGAUGGUUCAGCACCUCCUGAGAAAGCAUGACUCGGACAACUCCGGCACCAUCGGCAUGAGAGAGGUGGUGCCAAUUCUGAAGGAAAUUGGUUAUGAGAUGUGGGACAUCUCAGCCAUUUUCGAGGCUGCUGAAGAAGCUGGCGUUGACAGUUCAGAGAUGGAUCUCAGUGGACUUUGGCGCUUGCUUUUGACCUACCGGAAGCGGGAGGGCUUUGCCAACAUUGACUUGCAGCAGAUUGAUGGAGCCUUCGACAAGGAUCGAGUGCAAAGUCUUCCAGCCUUGGAGGCCAUGCGAGCGCUGAGAGAGUUGGGCUUCACCGCCAAUUUCCUGGUCAUGCAGACCAUGCUGAGCAAGGCCAUGGACGUGCUGUCGCCAGUUCAGCCCAAGAAGUUGGAGGACAUCAAAGAAAGCCAUGCCUCUGAGAUUACAGACGCCAAAGAGCCGGGCAUGGAUGGUGCUGAUGUGGGGCGACAGCCUGGUUGGAAGAUGCUUUUUGCUCUUUGCCUGGCCAGCGCAGUAGAAGGCCCUCGGGCCAAGGGCCAUGGAUGGCAGUUGACCGUGACCCACGGGAUCUGGUACAAGUACGUGGGCACACAAAAAGACGGCCUAGAUACAGCUUGA